UAAAGAGUUAAUUAAGAGUCACGUGAACCAGCUUAAACAAAGCGCCAAACUUUGAACGCGAGCGGUCGCUGACGGUUCAUUCGAUAAAUCAUGACGGAGCACGACAUACCUAUAAUCAUUUUGAGCGAUGAUGAUGAUGAUGAAGAAGGUGACUUCUGGAUGACCCACAAUGAUUCCUCUGUGCUGAUCGUUGAAAACGAGAGGAACGAAGCAGAUGUAUCAAAACAUAUUGAGGAGUUGGAUGAAGAUUUGAUCAUCACAUACACCCAAACUGCAACAGUGCUUCCACACGCAAGAUACGACUGCACCCUUGCAUUCUGUCGAGCAGAGCAGGACGUUUCAGGACCUCUACAAGAUAAUGGAAAGCACUGUGAUCAGUGUUUCUGCUAUAUCUGUGACAAACUGGCGUCCAUGUUCAUCUUCAUCCACACUGGUAUUCCACAAUAUGCUUACCUUACGUACUCCUUCUACCAGAAGCUUCCGCUGCCUUCAAACUGCACAUUGCCAAAAAUUCUGAGUGUGCUUCCUUGGGAUGAUCCCUUGCUCUCUGCUGUGAUGAAAGGUCAAAACAUCACUGGAGAGAGGCAGGGCAAAGGUCGGAAGCAUAAAGUCUUGUGUGAACCUCUGGUCGUGAUUCAAGCGAGAGUCUGUAAACUUCAACAGCAAAACAAAUACCGUGAGCUGGCUCGCUAUCUCAAAGUUGUCAAAAGCAUCAAUAAUCCCAUGCUGCAGAGAAUGAAAGACUUGGUUCCCCUCUACCUGUGUAAGGAUGGUGACUACACUGGUGCAGUCUGCCAUAUGUUAUCACCAAUGCCCGGUGCCAUGUGCCUCGCCUCCCGUCUCGCACCUCAACAGUUCAGAUCUUAUCUCAGAAUUCUCACGUCAGGCCACGCCCCUGAUGUAACACAAGAAUUUGAUACAAGAAAUGGCCAUAUGGUCAUACCUGAUCCUUUACGGAGCACUAAGUGGUCACCCAUCGAAGGUUCAAAUUCAUUCAAGAUGAUGGAGGUACUGAAGUUUGCACUGAGGGUUCUGGACUGUAACAGCAUUGUUUUUGCUGAUCCAGAAACGUGGGUUUAUCUCCUCAGCGUUGUCAGUUCCAGUUUUACUACUCCAGAUGGUGUUCCUGUUGGUGCAUUCUAUGCCGAGCCUGACGUCACGUAUCAAACGGGGACCAGAGAUGCUGCCAGUGCAAUUCUUGAGGAGCUGACAAUGACUUCCCGUAUACAGAUCCCCAAAACCUUUGAAAGUGGAUAUCCUGACCAGGCUAGACUACUGUUGGCCACUCAGGCUUUGGUUCUGCGCAUUUUCCACUCACAGCUCAGACCCAUCCUCAACGUCAUCAUAUCUUUCAGGUUCAACCGCUGGGCGCUCCGUUGGUUCUUCUACAGUCUGCUGGUGAGGCCAGAAGUGCUGCACUACCUCCUUUGCUGUCUUCUGGAGGAACUGUCUAAUGAGCGAUACCAACUCCUACAGAGAAAAUGGACUGAAACCGAACAUUCCCUGGUUGCGUACUUCCUCUGCAUGUACUUCUGGGAAAACAGCAUUGUCCUGGACCUGAACACCUAUCCUACCAAUAGCCUGCUUGCCACUUGGAAUGAAUCACACAACCCUUGGCAACUAAGCUUGAAACUGUAUCUUGAAUGCAAUGUGGCCAAACUUACUCCAGAAAAACGUAAAAUCCUGCAUCUAAUCCAGCAGCAAGCAAAAUAAGUCUGACCAGCAUCCCGUUUUAAAAACAAAUGGUUUUAAUGUACAUACAGAGUGGAUUUAAUGUUUUCAAAGAUUAUAAGUGUCAGAUCAGAUUUUUUUUCCCCGUUGUCCAGACUUUUGUUUUCCUCGUCUGGGAAUUUACCAGUAUUUUGCAACAUUAUGUGCAGUUACAGGACUAUGAUCAAUAUCUGGAGGAUGUUAAAUACAGUUAUAUUCCGCAACAGAACAAUAUACAAUUCUUUGUCAUUUAUUUACAUUACGGCUGAUGUUCAAAGUUUCAAAUGCAACACUGAUAUGAAGCUGUUCAAUUUUGCUUUGUUGUAGAUCAUUUAAGGUUGUAAACUGAUAUUUCUCUGGAAUCUUUGCAUGAGAUUAGACCACAGUAUUACUGUAAUUAUUCACUUCAACUUCCUUUGUCAACAAAAUAUCAAAGCAUGCAGAAAGUGUAAAUAUACUGUUAUUGCUGGGCAAAAGCACAUUUUCAUUUGAAGGCAAUAAAAUCUAUGCAUAACUACGGUACGGUA